AUGAGGGAAAGAUUUCAAAAUAAUGUUUCCCUUCCUUACAUCAUCACUCCCUCAUUUCUUAGUGUCACGUGGAUUUUAUUAAGUGGGUUUACAAAUCGUUCAAUGAUUGUGGAUACUAGCUCCUCCUUACUUAUUAUUUUUCGAUUCACUGAACAAAUAUACAAUUCGUUCAGUGAUUAA